CCCACCGUCGUGGGACUGAUUCCAAGAGAAAAGAGCCGGUAGCAACCAGGAUUUGACAGGGAGCUGAUCUGAACGGAGCUCACAAAGCAACAGCCCCUUCUGCAUUCAGAGUGUUUUUCCACAAUUUUCCUUUCAUGACUGAGUACCCUGGGGAGAGUUUCAUUAUUCUUCCUCAGGCUGACACUGGACUGAAACUCCACAGGUCUGAAAUUCCUCAGCAUAAAGCUACCCAAUCUUCAUUAAGGAAAACAGUGGCUGUUUUGUAUCCUGUUACUGCUCACCAGAGAAAGAGAUAAGAAGGGUGAUAAAAGAAUGGUGGUUGGAAUAUGGAUUAUUGCACUUCAUCUCCUUGGCACAGUAGCAGGUGAAGAGGUUUGCUACGCCAGGAUUGGCUGUUUUUCAGAUGGUCCACCCUGGUCUGGGGUACCAGGGAGACAUCUGACAGGUUUGCCUGACCCACCAGAAAAAAUGAACAUCAGCUUCUCUCUCUACACCAGAGAAACGGGAAAUAACUCACAGGUGAUCUCAGCAAUAAACCCCUCAACCAUCAAGAACUCACAUUUUUCGACACGUAGAAAUACCUCUUUCAUCAUUCAUGGAUUUGGCAGCACUGGAAAAAAAGGCUGGGUGGUAGCAAUGUGCUUGGUGUUACUGGAAGUGGAAAAUACCAACUGCAUUGCUGUUGACUGGAAAGAUGGUGCAAAAGGCAGCUAUGUCAGUGCAGUGAACAACAUCCGCGUGAUCGGGGCUGAGGUUGCUUAUUUCAUAAAAAUUUUACAGGAAGAGUUCAGAUACUCCUUUGGCAACAUCCAUAUAAUUGGCCACAGUCUGGGAGCACAUGCUGCAGGAGAGGCGGGAAGAAGGAUCCCAGGCAUCAGACGGAUAACAGGCUUAGACCCUGCCGGGCCCUAUUUUGAAGGUACUCCUCCUGAGGUGAGACUGGAUCCUUCAGAUGCAGAUUUUGUCGAUGUUAUUCACAGUAAUGCUGCUCACUUUCCUGCCUUCGGGUUUGGAAUCUAUAACACCACUGGUCACCUGGACUUUUACCCAAAUGGAGGAACUUUCAUGCCUGGAUGCACUGAUUUAAUCCCAGAGAUGAAACUAAAUGAAUUGGAAGCUACCAUUGCAGCAGACGCUACAGUCAUUGGGGGGUGCCAUCACUCACGCAGCCAUGAGUUUUAUUGUCAAAGUAUCCUCCAUCCCACCGGAUACCUUGGAUAUCUCUGUGAAUCAUACGAAUUCUUUAAGGCAGGACACUGCUUCCCAUGUUCCCAGGAGAGAUGUCCAAUGAUGGGGUACUAUGCCGACAGAUUCCCAGAUAGAUUGAAGAUGGUAAACCAAAAGUAUUUUUUAAAUACAGCAGCAAACCCACCUUUUACUACUUGGAGACAAAAAGUAUUUAUUAAACUGUCUGGUGUAAAGAAAACAAGGGGGAGCAUAUAUCUAGCUUUCCAUGACACAGAGGGCAACACAAAGGAAUAUGAAAUUGCCAGUGGAGUCCUUUCUCAAGAUCAAGUUUACACAAAAUACCUUGAUGUUGAAGUUAACCCAAAAAAUACUAAUAAGAUCGAUUUUUUCUGGAAUAAAACUGUAUAUACUCUGCUCUGGGCAAGGCUGGGAGCAGAAACAGUCAAUAUAAUUCAUGGAGAAGAUGGACAUAUGUCAACUUUCUGUGGCCGUGGGACUGUCACAUAUGGAGUUCCCCAGUUACUUACACCUUGCUAGAGGUCACCAAAUACAACUGUCCUGUACACAGCAGCUGAGCAAACCAUCAGUCCUGUGCAUGGGAAUGUUGGUACACAAAGUUAUUAAAGCAAAACUCAAACUGC